CUGGACAAGUUGGCGGUUCAUUCCGCUGUGGUGACCCCAGAUUAAUAAAGGGGCUAAGUCGAAAAUAAAAUUAAUGAAUCAAUGCAUUUGUAACCCUAAACUAUAACUGCAUAACCUAACCCUAACUAAAAGUAUUUUCCAGAAGAAAGAAAUACUGUGAUACAAAUCCUUGAUCUGUUAAAAAUCCCUUUGUAUCACAGGCGUUCUAAUUAUUUAAACUCCAACUGUAUAUCAUCUAAAAUAUUCAAAUGGAAAAAAAGAUGGUAGAAUUAUCUUUUAUUGUUCGAUUAAAUGUUACUGCAGUAAUCUUUUACUAUAUCAAAUAUGCAGUUUUUGGUUCCGGUCAUGCAUUUUUAUAUGAAGCUUUGCAGAGCAUGCUAAGCAGAAUGAAAUAAAUAAUAAUAAAAUAAUGACUGGAUUUAAUAAAUAAAUAGAAUAUGAAAGAGAUUUAUUUCAAAAUGAAGUGAAUAUGAAUAUUGUCAAGUUAAAGAUUUCCUUAAGCUAAUGCAACUAAUUACCACCUCCAAUUUAAUCACAUGCAUAUUAUUCGUUUAUCAUUCACUUAGUAUGUGUGUUUGUCUUCGUCAAUAAAUUCUUAUCUGUUUUAUGGAGCUUGUGUCUUGUAUUGAUAAUGCAGUAAAAGACUCUACAAGUUAUCUGAAUUUUUCUAAUCCUUCAGACUUGUCAGAUGAUAAACUUGAUUAUAUUUAUUAUCAGGAUGAAACACUUUUGUUGCCAAGCCUCUAUUAGAAGGAAAAGAAAAUAGUUUUAUGACACUUUCACCCCCACCUUAUGUGACAUGUGACCAUAACUAUUAUUAGGUCACACGUGUUAGAACUACUACACACAACAUAUAAAAACUCACAGCGAAACAGGUCAAACAAACCGAGGACAACAGUAAAGAAGAAACAGCAUCUGAAGACAAACACUUACGGGACCAUGAGACUUUACAUUGCUUUUGGUUUUCUGCUUUUAGCAGGUGAGUGUUAAUGCAAUUAUUAAACAGACAUCAGUUUGAAGUGGGCAAUGUUCUUUAAAACAUCAUUGCUUGCAUUUCUUUUUCUUAAAACAUCUCUGUUUAUUUGUUGGGUUUUUAUUUUUGACUGUUUAAUAAUAAAAACAUUGAAUUAUAAGAAUUUCUCUGUUUAAAUGUUUUAUUUAGAGAUACAGUUGUUUCAUUUUCCACAUUUUCUGAUAUGCGUCAGCCUUAAAUUGCCGAUUGAUUAUUAAUAAUAAUACUAAUUAAUGUCUGUCUAUUUUCAGUGCUUUGCAGCUUAUGUGUCGAUGCUCAAGGUAAGAGAUGCAAAUAGAGAAAAAGACACAAGCAAAUUUACAGUAUCAAGUAACAGAGAGAUGAGUUCAAAAAAAUCUGUUUGUCUUUUCCUUUGGUUCACAGUAUUCGGACCCAUUUGUGGAGGCUCAAGUAAUCGUAAAAGAGGAUGUGAUUCAAGAUAUGGCUGUGGACACUAUGGAGCAAAGCGAGGGAAAGGAAAACACUUGGGUCUUGACAUUCUGUGUGGUGAUGGAGCCACGGUUUAUGCUCCUUUUGAUGUGAAGAUCAACCGCAGAGCCAGACCAUAUGGAAACGGCAAUGCCAUCGAUGACGGCAUUAACGUGAGCGGAAGAGGUCUCUGCUUCAGUCUGUUCUAUGUUAAGCCUGACAGUUACUCUGGGACUCUGAAGAAAGGGCAAAGGAUUGGUCGCAUGCUCCCAAUGCAGAGGGUUUAUCCUGGAAUCCCUUCUCAUGUUCACGUUCAAAUGUGUGACAGAUCAGAUCCAACAAAAUACUUCUGAUGAUGAGCAGAUGACUGAACCCAACCAACAAAAUUUUGAUGUUAUUUUGACACUAUUUUUAAAUGUGCUGUACAUUUCAGAUUAGUUUUAGUUCAUUUCAUUAAUGGUUUUGUUGUUUUUAUUUUGUAAAUACGUUUCUAUUUGCUUUUUGUAUAUAGUUUCAGUUUUAGUUUCCAUUUUAUUUCAGUUAGCCAAAACGUUUUUGACCUAUUUUAGUCUUAGUUUUCGUUUUUUUUUUUGCUAAAAUACAAUGCUGGGUUCCACACAAUAGAUUUGUGUUGGGGCAACAUGAUGGAAUUACAGUUAGAGUCAGAAUUAUUAGCCCCCAGUAUAUUUUUCCCUAUUUUCUAUUAAAUGGAAUAAAGAUUUGUAAACUCAUUUCUAAACAUACAGUAAUAGUUUUAAUAUUCAAAAAAAUAUAUUACUUAAAGGGGUUAAUAUCAUUGAGCUUAACCCUGUAAAGCCACCUUGUGUGUCCUUACGAUGCAAUUGGAUAGAAACCUACCUCCAAUUUUCACAUUGAGCUGAUCACCUUUUUGCACGUCUGGAUUUGUCAAGAUUUAAGUAAGAACAAUUCCUUAAAUAUUUUUUGUGGGUUUAUCACACAUAAAUAUUUAGUUAUUUUAGAAAACAUUAAUCAAAUUUAGUUUAGAGAUUAUUAUGUCUGUGUUGUAAUUCUACAACGUUGGGUCAGAGUCGUAGCCUGUUGCAUUGUUCAGGACCAAGUGUGAAGAGGGGUCAAAACUACAAGAUCUAUGCAGACAACUAGUUCACCUGUGUCGCCUGUGCUUUUCAGAUGAAAAAAACAAAAAAAACAAAACUGUCUUAGGGACCAUCACUGCAAGUAAACACAUUCAACACACACUGAAUGUGACCACAUAUUUUUU